GCAGAGUGUUAGGCCAUGUCCCUCUCCCUCCUGGAGGCUCAUCUGGAAGGAGGUGACAAGAAGAGAGAAGCAAUGGCUAGUUCGUCCAUGGACACUGAAGCUGCAGGACAGGAGCUCAAGGGCAGUGACUACACCGUCUCAGCUACUGCUCAUGCAGUAGAUUCAGACUCGUGGCAGCAGGUGGGGCUGCUGCUGGUGAUCGGCUUCAACUGCGCCUACGUGCUGAGCUUCUCCAACCUCAUGAUGGCGCCGCUGGGCUGGGGCUGGGGCGUCGCCUGCCUGCUGCUCGUCGGCGCCGCCGCCUGGUACGCCAACUGGCUCCUCGCCGGCCUCCAUUUCGUCGACGGCCAGAGGUUCAUCCGGUACAGGGACCUCAUGGGCUUCGUCUUCGGGAGGAAAAUGUACUACAUCACUUAUUUCCUGCAGUUCGCCACUCUGCUUCUCUGCAACAUGGGCUUCAUUUUACUAGGUGCAAGAGCACUCAAGGCAAUCAACGUGGAGUUCACCCACUCCCCUGCCAGGCUCCAGUGGUUCAUCACCGCGACCGGGAUCAUCUACUUCGCCUUCGCCUACUUCGUGCCGACGAUUUCUGCCAUGAGGAACUGGCUCGCCACGUCGGCGGCGCUGACGUUAGCAUACGACGUCGCUCUGCUCGCCAUCCUAAUCAGAGAUGGUAAAUCCAACAACAACAGAAGAUUCAGCGUCCAUGGCAGCCCAUCCGAGAAGGUGUUCAACGCGCUGGGCGUCGCCGCCAUCCUCGUCUGCAACACUCCGGGCUUGCUCCCGGAGAUACAGUCGACGGUGCGGGAGCCGUCGGUGCGCGGGAUGCGGCGGGCGCUGCUGCUGCAGUACACCGCCGGCGCCGCCGGGUACUACGGCAUCAGCGUGGCGGGGUACUGGGCGUACGGGUCGGCGGUGUCCGAGUACCUCCCCAACCAGCUCGGCGGGCCGCGGUGGGCCGUCGUGCUCAUCAACGCCGCCGCCUUCCUGCAGAGCGUCGUCUCCCAACACCUGUUCGUGGUGCCGAUCCACGAGGCGAUGGACACGCAGCUGCAGCGGCUGGACGAGGGCAUGUUCUCCCGGUACAACCUGACGCGCCGCUUCUUCGCGCGGGGGCUCAUCUUCGGCUUCAACGUCUUCGUCACCGCGCUGUUCCCGUUCAUGGGGGACUUCGUCAACCUCGUCGGCUCCUUCUCCCUCGUCCCGCUCACCUUCAUGUUCCCCAGCAUGGUCAUCCUCAAGAUCAAGGGGAAGAGUGGUGGGAGAUGGAGCAGGCUUUGGCAUUGGGGCGUCAUCGUUUUCUCCACGCUUCUCUGCGUCGCUACCACCGCCUCCGCAGUUCGUUUGAUCUUCAACAAUGCCAGGAUCUACCGCUUCUUCGCCGACACAUGAUACUUCACGUACCUCUAAUUCUUCUAAAUAUAAAUGGCAUAGAUGAACAAUGCGACGGUGAGUUUGUAAAGUUAGAAUUGUGCAUUGAUUUUCUGAUUUUGCGAAGAAUAUAAUAUGACGUGUUGAAACAUGUCGUCAUAAAUCAUAAUCCUAAAAUCAUAUCAUGUUUGUUUUACUAUUAGAGUAUAUAGGAUAAUGAUCCAAUGAAUCAGGUUGUAUUGUAUAAUACGAUUAGUUCUAUCUUUAUCUUUAAGGUUGCUUGAGAUAAAAAAAGACAAUAAAUUUCUUUCGGGUUUAAUACAAAUCAACAAUAUAUGAUG